AUGGGAGGUCAGUUCAGGCAGGUGCGCCUCCAGGACACGGACGAAAAACCUCAAGCGUGUGCAUCGGCAGUCGCAUCUGAACCUAGUGUGGCUGCAAGGGGGGUGUCGCCUGUCAAUCUUGAGCAGGAAGAUGUUGUGUCUCUCUCAUCGACGGUAGCGACGGUUAAGAAAGAACCGGAGAGCGUCACGAUCCAGCCGUUGACCUCGAGGGCGAAAAAAAAGAUCAUGACGGGUUACGUGACGAUGAACAUGAAGGAUUGGACUAGGCUUCCUUGGAUACCACUCCCUGAUUCGCCGGGAGAGCUGGUUUAUUUCAAAAGAAGGUUGGAAGAUACGGUCAACGAUGUGUUUUUGGCGGUGGAGGACUACAGUGGAUGGUGGGUGCCAGGAUGGGAAAAACCUGUGCACAGACAUCUGAUCACUUCCAUCACCCGAUCCAUGUCCCCUGCCCCGACGAUGACGUUCCGCGAAAAGAUAGACAAGAUCUUUUCAGAUACAUCGAAGAAGAUGGAAGAAAGGUCAACGGGUAGGAAGGCGUUGGCAUUCUUGACUUCGGCGUUGGGGAGGGUAGUGAGUUCAUCCUUGCCCGAGAAAUUGGUGUACGACUUGCAGACCUUAGCGGUACCGACUGGAACGCCGUAUGGUGAGUACUUGACUACCUUGCAGGGGUUGGUGCACAGUGUUCGGAACUUGGGAAUUGUGACGCCGCAGGAUAACACAAUUCAACUGGCAGUCGGAGAGAGUGUGUCCGAUCAAGACAGUGUUCUGACCGCUUGCGUGUUUAGGGGCAAGGAGUUGGGAGUGGUGACGUUCGAUCACAUCGACACCUUGAUGCAUGAAGUGCGAAGUUUCGAGGCGGUCGAGGGGGGGGCAACGACUCCGACGCGAAGGAUGGCUCAGGUGAAGGGUUCCUCUGGGGGGAGGCAGGGACAGAGAAGGGAUGGAGGAGGAAGGACAGGGUCAGGGGGCGGGCGUUCGGGUCACGGUGUUUGA